AUGGCGCCAAACUCCUCCCGCCGCGCCACCGCCGCCGCCACUGCCACUGGCAUGCUCGACCAGUACUGGGAACCGACCGGCCUCUGCGGGCUAAUCGCGCGCACGACGCUGCGCACCACCCAAUUCGUCCUCGCCAUCAUCGUCGCGGGCCUGUACGGCGCCGACCUCGCGCACAACACGCAGACGAGCACGCACGCGCCGACCAACUGGGUCUACGCCGAGGUCGUGGCGGCGCUGUCGGCGCUGACGUGUGCCUACCACUGCUUCGUGACGGUCAAGGUCGUGGCGUGGUGCGUGUGGGACGGCGUCGUCGCCGUGCUGUGGGCCGCCCACUUCGGCGUCUUCGCCUCGACGUACUUGGGGGCGAGACCGGAGGGAGAAGGGGGCGAGGAGUGGGAUCUGACGACGGAUGUGAGGAGGAUGAAGGUUGGCAUGGGGAUCGGAUAUAAGUUAAUGGGGGGCGAGAAUGAGUCCGAGGAUGUGGAGAUGGGGCCGCCGCGUGGGAAGGAAGCCUGA